AUGGCUACUGCGGCAUCGGUAGGCUCUGCUUUUGAGAAGAUCAGUGUUCAUCUUGAGUGCAGCAUCUGCACAGAUAAAUACAAAAAGCCCAAAGUACUGGACUGCCUACAUAACUUCUGUGUAGAAUGUCUAGUGAAAUAUCAUGAUGGUAGUUACCAAGGAGCAAAAGAAAUCCCUUGUCCCGAGUGUCGUCAGGAGACGAUACUUCCAAUGUCUGGCAUACACGGCCUCAAGACUAACUUCCAUCUGGCUGGUCUGAUCGAGGAAUUUGAAUUACAGGAGAAGGUAGCAUGCUCAGUAGACUCGAAGCUUUUCUGUGAGACAUGCGACGAGGAUAACGAGGCCUUGUAUCACUGCCUCGACUGUGAAAAGAACAUCUGUACGACGUGCCGCAAGGCACACUUACGGUUCCCAGUGUCAGCAAACCAUGAGGUACCAACUUUAGAUGAAAUUCGUCAGGGAAAGAUCGGUGUCGCACGAAAACAUGAUGAGUACAAAUGCCACAAUCACAAUGACGGUUUGAAGCAAUUCUAUUGCAAGACAUGUAAUGAGCUGAUCUGCCAAGGCUGCACAGUUGUUGAUCAUCCCACUGCCACACAUGACAUCACUGCCAUCGGAACGGCUUCAAGAGAAUACAGAAAGUCACUGAAGAAGAGCUUGCCUGCUUUAGGUAGAGACAUACAAGGCCUCGAGUUGUCUCUGCAAGACACUAUUGAAGCAAAGAAGAUAGUCCAGGACAACAUGGUGAAGGCCCGAAAGGGGGUGCAGGACAGAGCUGCUGAGGUCAUUGCAAAGGUUAGAUGUGAAGAGAAACGACUCCUGGUUGAGAUCACAACCCAGGAACGGGAGCAAAACAAGGGACUGGAUGAGCACGAGAAGACACUGAGUGACAUGCUGCAGAGAAAGAGGCAUUCAAUGGAAACCGGCAAGGAAGUGGAGAGCAGUGCAUCGGAUUUCGAUUUCCUUUCACUCUACCCCGUGAUCAGCAAGGAUUUGACAAAGGUGAGCAGCCAGCAUCUUCCGCAGUAUCAUCACAAACUUUGGUAUCUGAGGUUCAAGAAGAGUCAGACAGUUGGUGACAUCGAUCUGGGCGAGGUAGAGCAGGAAGGAGACAAGUGGGAACUGCAGCAUGAAUUCGGCCAGCAGGGGGGUGGUGCAGGGGAAUUUGAAAGAGCCAGAGGCAUUGCUGCUGCUGCUGAACCUGACGAGAUUGCAGUGGCCGACUGGAAGAACGAGCGAGUGGUAAUCUGCAACAGCCGGGGACAAACCAAGAGCUCCAUUCCGAUCAAUGCAAAUGAUGUCGUUGCUGUAUCGAAUCAGUGGGUGUGUGCUAACCCCGGCAAGAUUAUGGUUUACCAUAGGGACACCAAGCCAGCACGUAAUUUUGGCACACUACAGGAGAGUGAGGUUGGCAAGACAGGGGUGCAGCUCACGAGCGUAGCUAUCAUGCCAAAUGGUAACAUCAUAGUGGGUGAGAAGAAGCGGAAGGUGUUGACUGAGCUCAAUCCCAAGAAUGGUAAGAUCCUACACACCAUUACGGUGAAGAUACGACCUAGCUUCUUGGCUGUACUGAGCAAUGGUUGGAUUGCGAUCAGUGAUGACGAAGAGGGACUAGUAGAGAUAGUGGAGGUGUCUGACGGCAACGCUGUUACAGUCGGCGCCAUCGAACCAACCAUUGACGGUUACCGAGUAAAACGCUGCAGGGGUGUAUGCAGCAACAGCUCGGGUAUCUACCUUGCAGUGAUCACAGGUAAAGUCAACACCGGUCACAUACACCACUAUAACUGUGAAGGUCAGUUUGUCAGCUGCGUGGCCCAGGGGCUCUACAACCCCUGUGGAAUCACAUUCACAGCCGAUGGGCAGCAGCUGGCAGUGGCUGACCUGCACUCAAUCAAGAUCUACCACAAGGUGUGA